GCGUCAUCGCUGGGAAAACAGCCGUUGCACUGGGAUUGCAACACUGACUGUCCUGUUGCUACCUCUCAACUGUGUGAGCUCCUCCAGUUAUAUUUGAGUCAGGAAACUCAUCGUGGGGACAUGACUGGUCGACGUUUGAGCAUUCAGCCUUAGAAGAGGAAAAUCCCUGAUUCUCUGUUGUGACCCUUGUUCUCUUGAAGACAACAGGUGCAGUAAAUCUCCACAUUAAGGCAGAAUGAGAGAGAAGCUGGCUGCCAUGUCACAAUCGCUGUGCCCCGGCUCGCAGGCCGAGGCCAGCGACGACCCAAAGACACCGAAUGGCGGUGAAGAAAAGAUGCAAAUGAAGCGCGAGAUUUCCCUCCCCAAUGGCAUCUGCCUCAUCGUGGGCAACAUGAUUGGCUCUGGAAUCUUUGUCUCGCCUAAAGGCGUCCUCAUGCACUGCGGCUCUUACGGGCUAUCGCUAGUCAUCUGGGCUCUCGGCGGCAUCUUUUCCGUUUUUGGAGCACUGUGCUAUGCAGAGCUGGGAACCACGAUCACCAAAUCGGGCGCUAGUUACGCCUACAUCCUGGAGUCGUUUGGCGGUUUCCUAGCUUUUAUCAGGCUGUGGACGUCCAUCCUGCUCAUUGAGCCGGCCAGCCAGGCGGUCAUCUCGCUGACCUUCGCCAACUAUCUAGUGGAGGCGUGGUACCCCACCUGCCAGCCACCCUACGACGCCAUCCGCCUCAUUGCUGCCGCCUGCAUCUGCAUGCUUAUCUUUGUAAACUGUGCCUAUGUUAAGUGGGGAACCAUGGUCCAGGAUCUGUUCACCUACGCCAAGCUCAUGUCACUCAUCCUCAUCAUCAUUAUAGGUAUCAUGAAGAUAGCCAAAGGAGAAACCCAGAACUUUCAGAAUCCGUUUGAGGGUUCCUCCACGGAGCCUGGGUCUAUAGCUCUGGCCCUCUACUCUGCUUUGUUCUCCUACUCUGGCUGGGACACACUCAACUUUGUCACAGAGGAGAUCCAGAACCCAGAGAGGAACCUGCCUCUGGCCAUUGCCAUCUCCAUGCCCAUUGUGACCAUCAUCUACCUGCUGACCAAUGUGGCCUAUUACGUGGCUCUGGACAUGUCCUCUCUACUAGCCAGUGACGCUGUCGCCGUGACUUUUGGAAAUGCGGUCCUGGGACCGUUCAAAUGGAUCAUUCCCAUUUCCGUGGCCAUGUCCUGCUAUGGAGGACUUAACGCCUCCAUCAUCGCUGCCUCCAGGUUGUUUUUCGUGGGGGCGAGAGAGGGACACCUUCCAAACAGUCUGAGUAUGAUCCAGGCGGAGCGCUACACACCUGUCCCCGCCCUCAUAUUCAACGGGUUGAUGGGCUUGAUCUUUCUGUGCGUGGAGGACGUGUUCCAGCUCAUCAACUACUUCAGCUUCAGCUACUGGCUCUACGUGGGCCUGUCUGUGGCCGGCCUCAUCUACCUGCGCUUCACUCAGCCAGACAGACACAGACCUGUUAAGCUCUCCCUGUUCUUUCCCUUCGUUUACUGCCUGUGCAGUCUGUUUCUGGUCAUCGUCCCUCUGUACGGCGAUACCAUUAACUCCCUCAUAGGGAUCGGCAUCGCCCUGUCUGGAGUGCCUGUUUACUACGUGGCCAUAUACCUGCCUGAGGACAGGAGGCCCAAGUUUAUAUGCAGAGUAAAUGCCUGGGUCACCAAAUACACCCAGAUCGUGUUGUACUGCUGUCUGACUGAACUUGAUGUGGAACCAGAGAAGCGAGAAGACAGCAAAGCUCAGUGAGGAGGCCUGGUGCCCCCCCCGGCCCCCCCCCACACAUGCCUGGAACACGAAACCUGACUGAGCCGUGGACAAAGGCUGCACUGAAGGGUUGGCUGGUGGGGGCUCGAUGCUUGCCCAACUACCACAUUGCGUUCUCAAAGGCUUUCCAUGUCUUGAAGACAAAAGAGGAGCUGGUACUUGAUCAUGUGCGAAAGGAACUGAUAACUGUGGGAUUUUUUUUUGUUUUUUUGGCGAACAUAUUAUAUUUUCCUAUAAGAGUAUGACUGUAAUAUGCUCAUGGUAAUAUAAUGUAAUGUGCUUACCUGUGUUCUUCAAGUGUUUAUACCUUAAUGUUCCUCUAAGAGGUUUACCUAGUUAUAUAUUUGGAUGGCUCUUUACAGCACAUGUCCUACAGUUCUGACAGUCAACAGUCUUUGGCUUGUGUCUUCUUGUGCCGAGUCACUAAGUGGUGGUCUGACAAUGUUAUGACUUACAAAACAUGGCCGAAUGGACCAAUCGGUAUGCUGUAAAUUACAUACAGUAGAACUAAUCACAUAACGCAUGUAUUAAUUACAAUAUGAGUUCUCAAACAGGGAUUUGAUUAUUAAAGUGUUUGGUUUUUAAUUGCU